AUGGACCCCACAAACGACCCAAAUUUCAUGCCCCCGUCAAAGAACAAGAAUAUCGAGCCAACAGCUCCGCUGCAUGCUAUACCGCAGAAUAUUCCAAUCCAACCAUUUGUAAUGGAAGAUUUGGGCGAAGCUUUGGAUGAUCCAGCGCCACACCCUGCUUCUUCAUUGAAACCAGCAGUUAUUCGAGGCAGAUCGUACGAAAGUGGUGGUGAAUCUGAGUCACGGUACCAUUCCAAAAUUCCUCGUAAGCAUACUGAGUUGACAAACUCAUCAUCAGACGAAGAAGAAAUCAUUGUUGAUAUCGCUGAGCCAGAGGAAAAACCACACAAAGAAAUUCUUCCACCAUCGAUACAGGUACGUUCUUCACAAAUUGCUGAUUUGGAAGAAGUGCCCCAUGGAAUACAACGACAGGCUACUGAGUUGUCCGACUACAAUUUUCCUACGCAUAGAUUGGCUACUACAUUAACAGAUGAAUCAAAGUCCCCCUUGGUCAUUGUUGCUUGCGGAAGCUACUCACCCAUAACUUAUUUACACUUGAGAAUGUUUGAAAUGGCAUUAGAUGCUGUGAUUGAACAAACUAGAUUUGAAGUCAUUGGUGGGUAUUACAGUCCUGUAUCUUCAAACUACAAGAAGCAAGGAUUAGCUCCAGCGCAUCAUAGAGUUAGGAUGUGUGAAUUGGCUUGUGAACGUACCUCGUCAUGGCUUAUGGUUGAUGCUUGGGAAUCAUUGCAACCAAAAUAUACCAGAACCGCAUUAGUCUUGGACCAUUUUAAUGAAGAGAUCAAUAUCAAACGAGGAGGAAUCAUGACAAAGUCGGGCAAGAGAAGAGGGGUCAAGAUUAUGCUAUUAGCAGGAGGUGACUUGAUCGAGUCCAUGGGAGAACCAGAUGUGUGGGCUGAUCAAGAUCUACAUCACAUUCUUGGAAAAUAUGGAUGUUUGAUUGUGGAGCGGACGGGAUCUGAUGUAAGAAGCUUCCUUCUCAGUCAUGAUAUCAUGUAUGAACAUAGGAAAAACAUUUUGGUGAUUAAGCAAUUGAUUUACAAUGAUAUCUCCUCGACAAAGAUACGAUUAUUUAUCAGGAGAGGAAUGUCAGUACAGUACUUAUUGCCCAAUUCGGUUAUUAGGUACAUUCAACAGCAUAAUCUUUAUGGAGAUUCAGAGCCUGUUAAAGAAGUAAUGUCGGAACGAGCAGACUAG